AUGGAUUUCUUCUUCUUCGACAAAGCGGAGAAGGUUUCAAGCUCUGUUCCGAGAUGCAAUCUCCUCCAACUCUUCGCCAAGUUCUUCCGUUUCAUCGAGUUCUGCUUUCUACUGGUUUUCCUCUCCUGGACUUUCUCUAGGCUUCCGAUCGCCGUCAGAAUCUCCAGCGAGUAUUUCGGAAAACUCCUCGGCUUCAUCGCGAGUCCUCUCUUCGGAUUCCUCCUCUGUAACGCCAUCAUCGUCGCACUCGUAGCAAAACCUAGCCAAUUCUCAGGCUACAGCGCUGAAACCGAACGGAUUUACGAAAACCUAAUUGAAAAAUCCGGAAGUCGCGACCUACCUGAUUCGCUUGCGGAACGCGAUUCUUCAAUCGCAGAGGAGGUGGAGAUUGUGUACCAGGAUAAACAGAUCAUCGUGGAGUCGGAAUCAGUAGUAGAUCAUCCGAAAGUGAUUUUGAGGAGUUUAUCGGAGAAACUUACGCGAGAAUGCGUGACGACACAGAGUGAGAAGCUUCGGCGAUCGGAGACGGAGAAGUGCCGGAAUCUGGAACAUUCGCACGACAUUUUGUUCUUCCAGGAAGAUUUGAGUAAUGAAGAUUUUCAGAAGAAGAUUGAAGCGUUCAUUGCGAAAGAGAAGAAGUUUCGUCGGGAAGAAUCUUGCGCCAUUGUACUCCGCUGCGACGGUUAA